UAUAAGCGAGGAGAGGGAGGAGAGAGCGCUGCGAGCUGAUAUUAUAUGCUCUGCUAUUAUAGCAUCACUUUCUUCUCCUAAACUUCUCCCCAGCUGGUGUAAGAUCUGCAGAGCUGGGGCAGGUGGCAGAGGCACCUCUGUUAUUGCUGCACCACGAACGAUAGAAAGUUAGGAGGAGGCUCCAAUUUAUCUUUGACAACAAAGUGAAUGUUGUGAUAUCGCCCUGGGAGUAAAGGAUAGGGAUGAUGUAAUUGUGUCUGACAAAGGGAAAACGGAAUUAUGCAGUCAUCUAAGAAGUAGAAGUGCUGCACGUCACUGGUGGCACUGCUAUAAAGGUGGCUGUACAAUGUCCACGCUUAUCUGCAGUGGAGCCUGGGAAGCUGGAGGGAAAAGGUUUCUCAGCCUGUAAUCUACUAAGGACUGCCUGGCAUCGCUAUUUCCAUGUUCUCAUCAAGCUAAGAAUUAUCUCCUAUAACUAACCUGGCCAGACCUCAACCUGAGCUAGUAAUCAUUAGAAGCACAGAAGAUCCACUGCAGAGAUGCUGCUGGUUGUAGCUGUCCUUUGUGCAUUGGCGAUGGGAACCCACUCUGCCCCCUGUGAGACCGUCAGAAUCCCCCUGUGCAGAGACAUGCCUUGGAAUAUCACCAGGAUGCCAAACCACCUGCACCACAGCACUCAGGAGAACGCUAUUCUGGCCAUAGAACAAUACCAGGAGCUGGUGGACAUCAAGUGCAGCCCUGUGCUGAGCUUCUUUCUGUGUGCCAUGUAUGCACCUAUUUGCACCCUGGAGUUCCUUCAUGACCCAAUUAAACCUUGUAAGUCAGUAUGCCAAAGAGCUAAGGAUGGAUGUGAGCCCAUCAUGAAGAGAUACAACCACAGCUGGCCAGACAACCUGGCAUGUGAUGACCUUCCAGUCUAUGACCGUGGAGUGUGCAUUGCUCCUGAAGCCAUAGUUACUGAUAUCCCUGAAGAUAUAAAGUGGAUGGAGUUUACACAAGAUGUCAUAGUCCCAGAAAGACCAAGAAUGAAUCACUGCAAAAGUUUAAACAUGGAUCGUUGCAAAUGCACAACAAUUAAACCUACCCUAACAAUGUACCUGGCAAAAAAUUACAGCUAUGUAAUCCAUGCAAAAGUUAAAAGCGUCACCAGAAGCAACUGUAACGAAAUAACCACAGUAGUUCAAGUCAGAGAGACACUGAAGUCUUCAUCAAUGAUCCACAGAUCCCAAGUUCCUCUAAUUACCAAUUCAUCUUGCCAGUGUCCCCAUUUACUUCCCAACCAAGAUGUGCUUAUCAUGUGUUACCAGUGGCGUUCAAGGAUGAUGCUUCUUGAUGGCUGUUUGGUUGAAAAAUGGAAAGACCAAUUAAACAAAAGAUUCAAGAGAUGGGAGCAGACUUUACAAGAGCAACAAGUGAAAACGACGCAGGAAAGAAUGAAGAAUGCGAGUCGCACAAGUCGCAGUGGCCCACCAAAGACAAUGCCAAAGAACCCCAACCCUCCUCCUGGGAUGGCCAAGAAGAAUGCUAAGUCCAAGAAUAACCAAAAAGACAAGCGAGCCUGAGCUGUGCUAUGUUCCUUUUGAAAGACAUUUUCUAUGCAUGAUGAGGGUCACUAGCUGGCUACAGUGGCAGAAUGUAUUGUUCUUAAACCCAUCCACCUGGAAACGUAUAUGCAGUAACCUGCAUUGACUUUUUAUUUGCUGCACUUUAAGUACCAAUGUUUGCUUUUUUUAUACUUUGACCACUACAAACCAAAGAUUUUGAGUUUGUACUGAAAAAAAAAUUGUAUUAUGGAAAAAAGGAGCAAUUGUGAGGUUAAGUAUUUGCACCAUAAUUAUCAACAAAAUAUGGGCCCUCAUUCCGAGUUGUUCGCUCGUUCUUUUUCAUCGCAUCGCAGUGAAAAUCCGCUUAGUACGCAUGCGCAAAGUUCGCACUGCGACUGCGCCAAGUAACUUUACUAUGAAGA